UUCAGAAGAGUGCCGUCAUGGUAUGCAACGAGAACAAGGAGGAACCAGUAGAACAUAGAUGGAAGUGGGGGAUCGAGGAGAUUGCAGUAGUGGACCAGUACACAUACCUCGGAGUAGAGAUCGCAAAAGACUGCUCGUGGAAUGCACACAUGUCCAAGGUAGCGGAAAAGGGCAAAGCACGAGCAGGGAAGCUGCACCCAAUACUCGCAAACCGGCACCUCGAUACACGCAUCAAAUUGACGCUUUUGAAAAGCGUAAUCGUACCGCCGCUAGAAUACGCCGGAGAAGUAUGGGAAGGAAAUAAGAAGUAGUGCAAAAAGUCGAGGCGGCGCAGAUGAAAGCAGCGAAAAUCAUCCUAGCAUGCUCCGAGCGCACAAGUAAUGCAACCGUCAGGGCAGAAUUGGGGAUCCAACCCCUACGGUCGGGAAGAGACGCGAGGAAGCUGACAUGGCAGUAUCGCAUGUACGGGAUGGGAGAGGAGAGGUUGCCGAGAAUUGUAUGGGAGGUGAAGUGGGCAAACAAGAAGAGGGGUAGACAACCCACGGAAUGGGUCAAGGUUGUAGAGGACGUAUGGAAGGGGCUCGACAUCGACGAAGAUGAAACGCUGGAAACGGAGGGUCUGCAGGGGUUCAAGGAGAAUAUAUACUUCUAUGUUGCUUGUGCCGAGAGAGAAGAACAGAAUCUGAGGAAAGAAUCCAAGGAUAAGGAGGGUCUAGAAGUGUACCGAAUGUUGAAGGAAGGAAUAGUGUUCAAGGAUUACCUACAUGGACCAAUGGAU